GUUAUAAGUUACUAUAAAACAUUAUACUUUAUGAGUGUUGUUAUAUAAGAUAAAGAUUAACAUUCGGUCUUUUUUUAUUACUUUAAAUCAACUAUUGAAAUAUGCAUCAUCAUUUAUCUCUAGUUCUUUUUAUUCUAUUAACCAUAGUGAGUAUUAAACAAACCAAUGGAAUACCAAGCGUUUAUUCAGUUUGUGCAAAUUUAACCCAAAGGUGUGAACCACUUUAUCCAUGUUGUUCACCAAAUCUUUGUCAAGUAAUAAGUUGUGGAAUUGGUACGUGUGUAAAAUGUUUUGAACCAGAAGUUGAUUGUCAAUAUAAUCAUGAAUGUUGUAGUGGUCUCUGCUAUAAACAUGCUUGUACAUUUUUAUCACCAAACUAGCUUAUGUUACAUACAUAUCGUAUUAUAUCGUCUACAAUAAUAAACAUAUAAUGAUUUAAAAUGUUCUCCAAUUGUUUGAUUACUUUCGACAUAACUAUAAUGACUGUUUAAUAGUUUUCUGACAUAAAAGAAUAAUUGCACAUUAAUUAAUUUUAUAUUGUAAAUAGUCGUUUACAUUCAACUUGUAAUGUAUGCAAUACUUCCAACAUAAUUAUUAGAUUCAGUUCGGUAUCAUUUACUAGUACCAUUUAUUAUUAUGAAAACUUAGAGUUCAUAGACCACAAAGUAUAUUAUUUCAUAAAUCAACAGUCAUUCAAGUACUUCAAAUCUGGUAUAAUCGAUAGGAUACUUUAUAAUAAUAUACUUAAUGUUUUUAGAAUAAAAUGUACUUCUGAAACUUCAGAGUAACCAAUCAUUGAAUGAUGAACUGAACAUAUA